UCUUUGCUCGCCGCGGUGCAUCAUGGUCCGGUCCGUCAGAGAGUCAUUUGACACGGUCGCUAGUUUCCAUCCGGCUAACCGAGUGAAGUGCGCUUACCUAGCGGUUACCAGUCAUUUGUUGUAUUGACAGUGACUUUUUAGUGAUGCUGUGGUCGGCUAUUUUAUGCCACUUGACUGUUAUGAUCCAAACUUGGGCCGGAAAUAGUUAUUAAAGUGUCAUAACACCAGCUCUGCUAAGAAGUAGCACCGGUGAAAGUUUGUUGCUGCUGUUGAGGGUGAGCUGGACUGCGGCACCAUGAGCGGUGUUCCGACCGCUGCUGUCCUGGAUUUGCUCCCUCGUCAUCUCUUCUGACCUGCGAGGGCUUUUCUUUUCCGUCUGAUCUCAACCGCUUGGAGGCAUGAACUCGUACGCGGUGUUUCUGUCUAGAUGCCUCCAGAGUCGACGCUUCCAUUUGAAGACGAGCCCCGUAACGUCCUUACCGUCAUUCAUGAAGGGGAUUCGGACUGUGUGCGGUUCUGGACCGAGUCACACUCUGACGUCUGGCUGCAAAGCGUUAGGUUUGUCCCGCCGGAGCUUCAGCGAUCCAGAAGAAACCAGGUGGAAACUCGGAGGGACAAACGGUUUGAGAAAGAAAAAGCUGCUGCACGACGAUCCAAAAUUACCCGCGUCGUUUGUCCGACACCGAGUGACAGAUGCACCGCUCUCCAGCACCGCUCCAACUUUUGUGGUGAUGAAGUUUGACCAGGAGGGAAAUGUGACAUCAUUCGAGAAAAAGAAAAAUGAGGUCUGCCAGGAGCUUAGUCUUCAAGCCAGAGAUCUUCGCUUCCAGCACAGCACCAGUCUCACGACCAGAAACAACUGCAUCAUUAUACGGAUGGAGUCUCUGAAGGCCAUCGUCACCCCUCAGUCCCUGCUCCUGUUGGAUUUCCGUGGCCUGGGACUGGAGCGCUGGCUAGUGAUGGAGCUCGCGCCUCAGCUGGCGUCACAGACACACUCGCUGCCUUUUGAGUUCCGGGCGCUGGAGGCCAUCCUGCAGCACACGGUGAACACGCUGCAGGGCAGGCUGAACGAAGUUGAACCAGCCAUUCUGGACACCUUGGAGUAUCUGCUGGACCCUAAAAUCCUCUCUGCUGAUCGCAGUAAGCUGCACAUACUACUGCAGAACAGCAAAAGUUUAUCGGAAUUGGAGACAGACGUCAGGGUUUUUAAGGAAUCCCUGCUGAAGAUAUUGGACGAGGAUGAAAUCAUUGAAGAGCUUUGUCUCACCAAGUGGACCGACCCGAGAGUCUUUGAGGAGAGCAGUUUGGGCAUUGAUCAUGCGGAAGAGAUGGAGCUGCUGCUGGAGAAUUACUACAUGCAGGCAGAGGAACUGGGGAACAAGGCUCGAGAGCUUAAAGGGUUGAUCGAUGACUCAGAGAGUGUUAUCUUCAUUAACUUGGACAGCCAUAGAAACGUCAUGAUGCGUUUGAAUCUCCAACUGACGAUGGGCACCUUCUCCCUCUCCUUGUUUGGUCUCAUUGGAGUCGCAUUUGGAAUGAAUUUGGAGUCGUCUUUUGAGGAGGACCCUCGUGUUUUCUGGCUCGUCACUGGCUUCAUGUUUUUGGGCAGCGGGUUAAUAUGGAGGAGACUGCUGUCAUUUCUGGGUCGGAAUCUUGAGCCUUCAUUUCCGUUACAGAUCCCUCCAGUCUGGAAGAGAAAUCUUAAAGCGUCAGACAUCAAGCCUGGAAUCAGAUGUUAAUCUUGAACCCAGUUGACAACAAGUGAUCCCACCGCACCUUUGAUGAUUUACCUCAUGAGGCUUCACAGUCACCACAGUGGAGACGGCGUAUCUCUGUGCCUCUGGCUGAGUUCCUGCUGAGCCCAGGGUUGUGUUUCUUCUGUUACAGUUGGGAUCAUGUCAGGACAAGGAUUGGAUAAUCCUGCUCAUAACUAGCAUCCGCUGGUUGAAAGGGAGUUGAAACUGUUAACGUGAUUACCUCCAGAUGGGCCUUUGUUCAUGAAACAGAAAUUAUAUCAUUAAAAUAUACGUGUUUCUUGUGUAUGACAACUGGUGUAACUUCUAUUUUUUUCAU